AUGUGGCUGACGAUACUCAUACCGCAGAGUCCUCGGACAGACACAAUCUUGACUCCUGGAGCCACAAACCAUGACUCUGUAGCUCAAAUGAUACCAGAGCUCACGAGAGGAGCCACUCCGCUCCACAUUGCUGCCCAGAGACUACACCUGGAGUGUGUGUCGGAGUUGAUUCGGCGUGGUGCCAAGGUGGAUCUGCCAGACGAGCGAGGGAUCACUCCUCUGGACGUCGUGGGUGAAUUGCCACCUCCACAUUCCGGGGACGUGGAUGGCACGGCUGAUGCCCUACUCUCCCUGACCACGACCUCUCUACAAGGAUAG